AUGGUCGCCGCCUCUAUUGUCUUCCGCCGCUCCAACCCUUCCUACGCCAAUGAGCUUCCGACCCAUGCUCGACAGCUGUUCGAGUUUGGAGACAAAUACAGGGGCAAAUAUGACAGCAGCAUCACAGUGGCCCAGAAGUACUACUGGUCUUACAGUGAAUACGCUGAUGAGCUGCUCUGGGCAGCUGUGUGGUUAUAUCAAGCAAUUAACAGUCAGUACUACUUGAGCUCCCUUGGAAAGAAUGGCCAAUCGCUCGGAGGAACCGGCUGGUCUAUGACAGAGCUCGGGUGGGACGCCAAGUAUGCUGGGGUUCAGGUUCUUGUGGCUAAGAUGUUGAUGCAAGGGAAGGUUCCAGCAAUGUUAGCAGCAGAUCGAGUAAUUCAUGUGUUCAUGCUUGGGGGAAGGGUAUUAGAGACAUAUAGGAAGUUACGAGAAAUCAUCUUUAGUGCAGUCAGUGUUCAGGGUGCUCCAAGUUUGCAUUUCUAA